CUCAAACCUCCGCCCUGGCCUUCUCCAUAUAUACCCGCCGCUGGCUCUGCAAAUCCUCAGUCUCAUUUGGCAGCCGCUGCUCAGCAACCGCGACAUCUCGCCCACACACCCGCUGCACUCGCUUCGCCUCUACGCGCCCUUUUACCGACACGAUGCCUUCCAUUGAGCACCCCACCAUCAAGGAUGGCUGGUUCCGUGAGAUUUCCGGCAUGUGGCCCGGCCAGGCCAUGACGCUGCAGGUCAAGGAGGUUCUUCACCACGAGAAGAGCAAGUACCAGGACGUGCUCAUCUUUGAGUCGACCGACUACGGCACCGUCCUCGUUCUCGACAACGUCAUCCAGUGCACCGAGCGCGAUGAGUUCUCCUACCAGGAGAUGAUCACCCACCUCGCCAUGAACUCGCACCCCAACCCCGAGAAGGUCUUGGUCAUUGGCGGCGGCGACGGCGGUGUGCUCCGCGAGGUCGUCAAGCACGACUGCGUCAAGGAGGCCGUUCUCUGCGACAUUGACGAGGCCGUCAUCCGCCUCUCCAAGCAGUACCUGCCCGGCAUGUCUGUCGGCUUCGAGCACCCCAAGACGACGACGAUUGUUGGCGAUGGCUUCAAGUUCCUCGAGGACAAGAAGGGCGAGUUCGACGUCAUCAUCACCGACUCCAGCGACCCCGAGGGUCCUGCUGAGGCCUUGUUCCAGAAGGAAUACUUCCAGCUGCUGAACGGAGCGCUCCGCGAAGGCGGUGUCAUUACCACCCAAGCUGAAAACCAAUGGCUCCACAUGCCCCUGAUCGUCAACCUCAAGAAGGCCUGCAAGGAGGUCUUCCCUACCGUCGAGUACGCGUACACCACGAUCCCUACCUACCCCUCGGGCCAGAUUGGCUUCAUGGUCUGCAGCAAGGAUGCCACCCGCGACCUCAAGAAGCCUCUUCGCAGCUGGUCUACUGAAGAGGAGGAGUCUCUGUGCAGGUACUACAGCAAGGAAAUCCACGAGGCAUCCUUUGUUCUGCCCAUCUUCGCCCGCAAGGCUCUUCGAUGAGCAGUUUACUUGCCUACCUUUUCUUUAGUUCCGACUUCACUAGAUACCAUGACAUGUCCAUGACUCCAAAAGACUGCAGAGUCAUGACCUCGUCAUUACGAAAAGCUCUCGAAUGUUUUGGGCAAUUGUUUUCGCACUGUACGCAGGCUAGAAGAACUACUUGGGCUCACACACAAGCCAAAAUACAGAACAUUUGGUUCCCGC